GUAACCUCUCUUAUCGUGGUGGUAUUUAGAAUUGUUCCGGUGAGGAGAGACGUGAAAUAUUAUACCCGAUACUUUCAGAGAAAUGAAGGGAUUAUUUUGCCCAAUGCGGCGAAGGACUACGUGACUACGCAAGGUCUAAUCCAGAACUUGUGCUCUCAAUGUUUCUUGGUGGCUUGUCUAAAAAACCUAAGUUUACAAAGCAUUCUGAAGUCUUGGAAUCCUGUGCAUUUUGCUUCCUGUAAGAUAUUUAUCACAAGGACUUUCUAGGUUAAAAACCUUGAAGAGAGACCAGAGAGACGGCUCCAGUUAAGAGUGCAUACUGCUCUUGCAGAGGACCUGAUUUGAUUCCCAGAACCCAGUAAACAUUGGUACCUUUAAAAUACAAGAAUGAGAAGCAAGGAAGAAAGGACAUUCAGGAGAAGAUUUGAAUCACUUUGAAAUUUUAAAGAAAUGUAACACUCGCUGCUAAACUACCUUGGUCACCAGAAUGAACGAAGUGCUUCAGAGUUAAAUGGUUGAAUGUCAGACCACAGCUCUCUGCAUUCUGCUUGAAAAUUGACAGAUUGAUCAUACUUAGAAGAGCUGCUAUGACAACACAAGGAGGUGAAAACUAACAGAUGCAAAAGCAAGUCUUGCUAUGCACUGAAGAAACAGUAUUGUCUGGGAAGUUCUAUUUUUAAAAAUGUCUGCUUGUAACACCUUUACUGAACACGUUUGGAAACCUGGUGAAUGCAAGAAUUGCUUUAAACCUAAAAGCUUGCACCAGCUCCCUCCAGACUCUGAAAAGACGCCCAGCACCCAUGGCAAUGUGAAAACCAAUGCCAAUCAUAGUAACAACCAUCGAGUCAGGAACACCGGGAAUUUCCGGCCCCCUGUGGCUAAAAAGCCCACCAUAGCUGUGAAGCCCACUAUGAUGGUGGCAGAUGGGCAAAGUGUAUAUGGUGAGCUUAGCAUCCAAGAACACUGUGAGAACAAACCUGUCAUCCUGGGAUGGAACCAAAACAAGACUUCUUUGAGCCAGAAACCACUUAACAACAAUUCUGAAGGUGAUACUGAAGGUUAUGGCCAUGUUCCUCAGCAGUGUGGCAAUAAUGACAGUGCCAAGAAGAUAUCCAAUAACAAUAAUGGACUAACUGAAGUGUUAAAGGAGAUCGCAGGUCUGGAUGCAACCCCUCAGAUAAAAGGAAAUGAAACAAACUCCAGAGAAACAUUCUUAGGAAGAAUAAAUGAUUGCUACAAACGAUCGUUGGAAAGAAAGAUCCCACCAAGUUGCAUGAUAGGAAGCAUAAAGGAUUCUCAGGGCAAGCAUGUUAUUCUGAGUGGGAGCACAGAGGUCAUCAGUAAUGAAGGGGGAAGGUUCUGCUACCCCGAGUUUUCAAGUGGUGAGGAGAGUGAGGAAGAUGUACUUUUCAGACUUUUCAGUAACAUGGAAGAGGAGCAUGAGAGCUGGGACGAGAGUGACGAAGAACUGUUAGCCAUGGAGAUUCGCAUGAGAGGGCAACCUCGCUUUGCUAACUUCAGGGCAAACACUCUGUCUCCUGUUCGAUUCUCUGUAAGCAAAAAAUGGAAUACUAUCCCCUUACGUAAUAAGUCUCUGCAGAGAAUCUGUGCUGUAGACUAUGACGACAGCUAUGACGAAAUACUGAAUGGUUAUGAGGAAAAUUCUGGGGUCUCCUAUGGUCAAGGAAGCAUGCAGAGCAUGGUAUCAUCAGAUACCACAUCGCCAGAUUCCUCCUUUACAGAAGAGUCACGUUCUGAAACAGCCAGCAGUUUAUCCCAGAAGAUUUGUAAUGGGGGGCUAUCGCCUGGUAACCCAGGAGAUUCUAAAGACAUGGCAGAAACCGAGUCUAAUAACGAAAGUCCACCUGGUAAUAAUGAGGAGAAGGACUCGCCACUGACUUCCAAAAGCUCAGCAAAAGUUCCAGAGACACACAAAGCAGUCCUCGCUCUCCGCUUAGAGGAGAAGGAUGGCAAAAUUGCAGUACAAACUGAGAAGCCAGAAAGCAAAGCCUCCACAGAUAUCGCUGGCCAGGCAGUCACCAUCAGCCUCGUCCCAGUAGAAGAACAAACAAAGCCCUACCGAGUGGUAAAUCUGGAACAGCCACUGUGUAAGCCAUAUACUGUUGUGGAUGUGUCGGCAGCCAUGGCCAGUGAGCACUUUGGGCGCCCCAAGAUAAAAGGUUCAUCUUCUACUCCAAACUCUCCAGUAACAUCACCUGCGUUGACACCAGGACAAAUAAAUUCCCACUGCAAAAAGUCUAGUGCAAUCCGAUACCAGGAGGUGUGGACUUCGAGCACCAGCCCACGACAAAAGAUCCCUAAAAUAGAAUUAAGUACUGGGGGAACUGGGCCAAAUGUCCCUCCAAGGAAAAACUGCCAUAAAUCAGCACCCACCUCACCCACGGCUACAAACAUUUCCUCCAAAACCAUUCCUGUUAAGUCGCCUAAUUUGUCUGAAAUAAAGUUUAAUAGUUACAACAAUGCUGGGAUGCCACCUUUCCCCAUUAUCAUUCACGAUGAGCCAUCCUAUGCUCGGAGUUCCAAAAACGCUAUUAAAGUUCCCAUUGUUAUUAAUCCAAAUGCUUAUGACAAUCUCGCCAUCUAUAAAAGUUUUCUGGGAACAAGUGGAGAACUCUCAGUGAAAGAAAAAACCACAAGUGUAAUAAGCCAUACUUAUGAAGAAAUAGAAACUGACAGCAAAGUGUCUGAUAACACCACUAGCAAGCUCCCAGACUGUCCCCAAGCUAAAGGCUUUUCCAACAGCACAGAGCGUAAAAGAGGCUCAGUAGCUCAGAAGGUUCAAGAGUUUAACAAUUGUCUGAACAGAGGUCAGUCUUCUCCACAAAGAAGCUAUAGUUCCAGCCACAGCUCCCCAGCAAAAAUCCAGAGACCCAUUCAAGAGCCUGUGGCCAAAACAGAAGGCGUGCUGGGGUCUCAGAUGGCAGGCAGUAGUGGCAGCACCAAGGAGAAAGCAAGUGCCGUGCUUUGUCAGUUUCUGGCUUCUAUCCAGCCCCCCCAGACUCCUCCAGAAGCACCUCAAUCUAGCCCUAAGGCUUGCAGUGUGGAAGAGCUCUAUGCCAUUCCUCCAGAUGCAGAUACUACAAAAAGUAUACCGAAAAAUACGCCAGUCCGACCCAAAUCUCUCUUUACAUCUCAAUCUAGUGGGGAAACUGAAGCACAUCAGACCACAGAAAACCCCACCACCAAAAUUCAGAAAGAUCCAUUCACAAAGACAGUCACUUCUCCUCCUUCCAAAUUAGUGGCCAGCACCCAAAGUGAGCCACCACCUCCCUUUCCCCCACCACGGUCUACUUCCUCCCCUUACCAUGCAAGUAACCUUUUGCAGAGGCAUUUUGCCAAUUGGACCAAGCCAACCAGUCCUACUAGAUCAACAGAAGCUGAAUCAAUUUUGCAUUCUGAAGGCAGCAGGAGAGCAGCUGAUGCAAAACCUAAACGUUGGAUAUCAUUUAAAAGCUUCUUCCGCCGUCGGAAAGCAGAUGAGGAAGAAGAGAAAGAUAAAGAGCGAGAGAAAGGGAAGCUGGUGGGCCUGGAUGGAACAGUCAUCCACAUGCUGCCUCCGCCUCCAGUCCAGCGCCAUCACUGGUUCACAGAGGCAAAAGGAGAGUCCAAUGAGAAGCCUGCUAUUGUCUUCAUGUACAGGUGUGACCCUGACCAAGGCCAGCUGAGUGUGGAUCAAAGCAAAGCUGGGGCAGAGAAAGGAAGAACAGAGGAUGUGUUAUUCCAGAACUCAGAAGAGAAGAAAAGUAGCCAUUCUUCUCCAUCUCAGAUUCCUGACAAAGCUUGCAGUCGAGCGACCCAUGAAGUGGCAGAGGAAUUUUCUCCUCAGGAUCCAAAAACUCUUUUUGUAAAGCAAGAUGGCACUUCGGUCACACCAGCAUUGCCCCCAGCUGAUCUGGAAAGGGAAGAAGAAAAAGAUGACACUUCGCAUCCUAUAGACCUGAACUCCUGCAGUGCAACAUAUAGCAACUUAGGACAAUCUAGAGCAGCUAUGAUACCUCCCAAGCAUCCACGGCAUCCCAAGGGAGCUUUGGAUGAUGCCAUUGCCUUUGGAGAGAAGACAGACCAAGAAGUAUUGAAUGCUUCCCAACCCACACCACCCCCACUGCCAAAGAAAAUGAUACGAGCCAAUACAGAGCCAAUCUCCAAAGACCUUCAAAAAAACAUGGAAAGUAGUCUUUGUGUUGUGGCUAAUCCCACCUAUGAUAUUGACCCCAACUGGGAUGCCAGCAGUGCUGGGUCUUCUAUUAGCUGUGAACUCAAAGGACUGGACGUUGAGACUUAUGACUCCUUGGAGAGACCUUUGCACAAAGAGAGACCUGUUCCUUCAGCAGCAAACAGUAUCUCCAGCUUAGCCACUCUCAGUGUUAAGGACAGAUUUUCCAACAGUAUGGAAUCCCUCUCCAGCCGACGUGGUCUCUCCUGUAGACAGGGUCGAAGUAUCCAGAAGCCACAGAGACAAGCACUUUAUCGAGGACUUGAAAAUCGGGAGGAAGUGGUGGGUAAAAUCCGAAGCCUUCACACGGAUGCCUUGAAGAAACUGGCUGUUAAAUGUGAAGACCUCUUCAUGGCUGGGCAGAAAGACCAACUCCGCUUUGGAGUGGACAGCUGGUCAGAUUUCAGGUUAACCAGUGACAAACCAUGCUGUGAAGCUGGAGAUGCAGUUUACUACACUGCCUCAUACGCAAAAGAUCCACUCAAUAACUAUGCCGUCAAGAUCUGUAAGAGCAAAACUCAGGAAUCUCAGCAGUAUUACCAUAGCUUGGCUGUCCGGCAGAGUCUGGCUGUGCAUUUUAAUAUCCAGCAGGACUGUGGUCAUUUCCUUGCUGAAGUCCCUAAUCGUCUGCUUCCCUGGAAGGAUCCUGAUGCUCCUGAAAAGGCAGAGGAUGAAACUGAAAACAGUGAGGAAGAGGUGAAAGCAGAAACUGCCAGGGGAAAUCCCCAGCCCUGCUCUGAAACAGAGUCAUCCCAGAAAGAGAACCAACAAGUCACGAACAGGAAACAGAGAAGCCACGUUGUAGUCAUCACCAGAGAGGUUCCUCAUCUCACUGUGGCUGACUUUGUGCGAGAUUCCCUGGCCCAUCAUGGGAAGAGCCCUGACUUGUAUGAGAGGCAAGUGUGUCUGCUACUCUUACAGCUAUGUUCUGGCCUUGAGCAUCUCAAGCCCUACCAUGUCACUCACUGCGAUCUGCGCCUAGAGAACUUGUUGCUUGUCCAGCACCAGCCUGGGGGAGCUGCCCACGGCCCUUCACCUACAGACCCUUGCCCCACCUCGGCUUGUCCCACAAGGCUCAUUGUGAGCAACUUCUCUCAGGCCAAGCAGAAGAGCCAUCUGGUGGAUCCCCAGAUCCUCCGAGACCAGUCCCGCCUUGCCCCAGAGAUUAUCACAGCCACCCAGUAUAAAAAGUGUGAUGAAUUCCAGACAGGCAUCCUCAUCUAUGAGAUGCUACACCUGCCCAACCCUUUUGAUGAGAACCCAGAGCUGAAGGAGAAGGAGUACACACGCACAGAUCUGCCUCGAAUCCCUCUCCGCUCCCCAUACUCUUGGGGCCUGCAGCAGCUUGCUAGCUGCCUCCUAAAUCCCAACCCUUCUGAACGCAUCCUCAUUUCUGACGCCAAAGGCAUCCUCCAGUGUCUGCUCUGGGGCCCCCGGGAAGAUCUCUUCCAAACCUUCACCACCUCUACAACCCUAGUACAGAAGAACGCCUUGCUCCAAAACUGGUUGGACAUCAAGCGCACACUGCUGAUGAUCAAGUUUGCUGAGAAGUCCCUGGACAGAGAGGGGGGAAUCAGCCUCGAGGAUUGGCUUUGUGCUCAAUAUCUGGCUUUUGCCACUACAGACUCCCUGAGUUAUAUUGUAAAAAUCCUGCAACACCGUUAAUGUGGCCUGGACAUUGUUCUUCUUAUUAAAUAUUUCCACCUUCUUCAUGUCGCCCUCAUGUCCCUGUCCUAGUGCUCUCACUCAGAAUUCAAGGAAAGGAGAGACGCUAAUUUGCCGUCCUCGUCCGCGAGCAGAGGGAGCCAUUCAGCAAGGUCAUCCACAGCUUUGCACAGUGAGAAGCCGAAUGUCUCCUUACUGUACAGAAAUUCAACUGCACAACCGUGCAAUCACCUUCCCUUGGAACAUUUGUCAUCUGAAUAGCCCCACAAAUACGGGGUCAAAAAUGAAAUGCACAUUCAUGAAGGACCAGCUCCAGUGGAGUGAACUUAGUAAGCAGUGUCCACCUCUUCCAUAACUCUGACGCUUGCCUCUCCUAACUAGCUAGCAGUGCAUGUCACCAAUAUCAGCUGUCAUCCAGUAAUGCUCACACAGCAGCUUCCUCUUCCUUAGAGUAUCAAUAACUGCCUCUUUCCCAGGAGGACAUGCCAUUUUGCUUAGUUUUAGUUACUGGCAACAGACAAGCCUUUGUUCUGGUAUAAGGUGAAGGGGGAGGAGAGAUUCCUGUCUGUUGGAUCAUGGGUCGUCCAUUUCCAUUUUUUGUUCUCAGUAAAGGUACCCUGCACAGAGAGCAGCCUGACAGCCGUAACCCCACUGCCACUGCUUGGCUGUCCUUUACCUUUACUCUGUCCCAGCCUGCUGAAGUCUGUGGCCCAUUCCAGAGCUGACCAAAGGUGGUGUCACCAGUGCCUCAGCAGGAUGGAAUGCAGUUCAGAUUUUAUGAAUAGUUGGCAGGACAUGAGGAAAUAAUGUCCUUGUGUGUGCAAUCCUCCAGGGGCCCUCAGGGAACAGACUUUAAAGUACUGUUCUUGACCACUGUCAGACCGAUCAGCAGGGCAGCCGGGCUGGUGGUGCCUGAGUCAGUUUCCCCCACAAGCAGUAACUGGCCACCUCCCUUCCAUCAGUAGCCAGUAUUAACUACCCUGCCAAAUGCUGUAGACAACAUCUCUGAAUUGAAAUGGCUGUCCACUUAGCAUUAACAUCGCCUCAGAAAGCACCUCAAAGCUGGCUAGUUGAAUGGCCAGAAGACAAGGGAGGAGGGGAAGGCCACUAAGAUGGCUGACCUGCUCCUAAGGAUGCCAGUCUCUUUCAGAAAGACUGCCUCCCAGAGUGAGUGCUCCUAAGACUUUGCAGUGGCCCUGGAGCUCAGCUCACAGGAAGGCUGAUGGCUGCAGUGGAUGGCUGAGAGCUGUUGCCGUGGGACCUGUGCUCUCCCAUAAUUAUGUGCAAUUUUUGUAUGUAUUUUUAAUCUGUAUAUUACAGUGUUUAUGUUGCAACUUUACCUGAGUGAGAACUACAGAAACCUUACUUCCCGUGGCACAUACUUGCGCUAAGAAGCACCUGUGUGUUUCCACCUGUGUGUGUUUGUAUGCUCAUGCACUUGUUUUAUUCAAAACUGUGAGUAUCUGUUUACUUCAACCUUGAAAUCCCAAGAGUCACUUGAAUGGUGAGCGUAUACACAUGUGUGCCUGUGUGCACGCACAUGCUGGAGAUAGGGGCCAGGCCUCCAGGGAAGCAACCUGUGGCAGGGUUGACAGACAUGUUCUCUAUACCCUGCCAGUGCAGAACCCCGGGGAGCCCCUAAUCCACCAGCGCAGGGUUGUCUUAAAGCCAAGACUGAUUGUGCAGUAUUACUUGGGUGGCACCUUAGUGGCCUUGGAAAUUUCUAGACUUAACAUUUUUAACAGCCUUUCAUGUGAUUCACCCUUAUCAAAGAGGAUCGAAAAAGGUGAAUGUAUUUUAUUAUGCAUUUUUAAAGAGAAUAAUACGUGUGAGGCUGCAUAUGGAGAAUGGCCUUGUGUUCCUGGCUAGGACUCCGAACUCCCAGGAAAGAGGGCUAGUUGGCUCACAGAGAGUCUUGUCUCUUCUAGAUAGCAUGACCAUGGAGUUGGGCAGCCAUGAGUCAUGGCUGCAUCACGCCUGGCAGGCUGGGGUUUGAUUCCUCUUACGUAGCCCAUGUGCACAUAACUCCCUGCCUAAUUAUGCACUGAACUGGCAGCAUAAAGACCAUGGACCACAUCAGCUGGCACAGCCCUUCACUUCCCACAAUGUUUGCAAAUGGAGACAUACCUUCUCAAUGUCGCUCUCAUGGUGCCUUCCCGUGUAAAUCUGAAUGUUGACUAUUUGAUGAGGUUACAUAUUUAAUGCAGAGUAUUCCCUAGUCCCCUCUGUUUGUUCUGUCAGUAGUGGUUUCUUUCCUUUUGUUUUUCUUUUUUUUUUUUUCUUUUUUUUU